CGUGGCGACAGUUUGUUUCAGUGGGGGAGCUAGUAGUUGUAGUAGUCCCAGUUCCCAGUUCCCAGCUCAACAUGAUCCUUUACAGCGUUGGAUUGAUUGUGGUGAUAGUGUUUCUUGGGCUCAAGUACGUCUAUUCGUACUGGGAUCGGCAUGGAUUGCCGAACCUGAAGCCUGAGAUACCGUACGGCAAUCUUCGACUUCUGGCCGAAAAGAAAGAAUCGUUUAAUGUGGCUAUCAACAAUCUGUACGAUCAGUCGCCGGAACGACUGGUGGGCGUGUAUCUGUUCUUCCGUCCGGCUGUUCUGGUCCGAGAUGCACAUCUCGCGAAGCGUAUUAUGGUGAACGAUUUCCAGCAUUUCCACGAUCGUGGUGUUUACUGUAACGAGCAUGGAGAUCCUAUGUCAGCUAACCUGUUUGCCCUGCCUGGACAGCGUUGGAAGAGUCUCCGAGGGAAGCUGACACCGACCUUCACCUCUGGACAGCUUCGAAACAUGCUGCCCACGUUUCUGGAGGUGGGCACCAAACUCCAGCACUACCUCGAGAACUUGGCCACAGACAACCAAAUAGUGAACAUGCGUGACAUAGUGUCCCGGUACGUGCUAGACGUAGUCGCGUCCGUGUUUUUCGGCUUCGAAGCCAACUGUCUCCACAACCCGGACGAUGCGUUCCGAACAGCGCUCCGCGACUUUAACAACCCGGAUAGCUUCCUCAACAAUAUCCGAACGACCGGUGUGUUCCUUUGUCCCGGAUUGCUUAAGUUUACCGGUAUCAGUUCACUCGCUCCACCGAUGAAAAGGUUCACGAUGGAAGUGAUCAGCUCCCAUCUGCAUCAACGUGAAACGGGUCAAGUUACAAGGCGUGAUUUCAUCCAGAUUCUAACCGAUCUUCGUCGGAAGGCGGGAAACAAUGUGGAAGAAUCGCUAUCCGACGCACAGUGUGCGGCGAAUGUGUUUCUGUUUUAUGCGGCCGGUGCAGACACCUCAACUGGUGCGAUCACCUUCACACUGCACGAGCUUACACACAACCCAGAAGUGAUGGGGAAGUUGCAGCGCGAGAUCGAUGAGAUGAUGGAACGACACAAGGGCGAGAUCACGUACGAUAACAUUAACGAGUUGAAGUAUUUGGAUUUGUGUAUCAAGGAAACGCUUAGAAUCUAUCCAGCGUUGGCUGUUCUGAAUCGAGAGUGUACGAUAGACUACCGGGUGCCGGAGAGUGACAUCGUUAUUCGGAAAGGGACACAAAUGAUCAUUCCUCUACUGGGGAUAAGUAUGAACGAGAAGUAUUUCCCAAACCCGGAACUCUAUUCUCCGGAGCGGUUUGAUGAGGCCACGAAGAAUUACGAACAGGAUGCUUACUAUCCAUUCGGUGCUGGUCCACGCAAUUGCAUCGGUCUACGACAAGGGCUUCUUCUCUCCAAGAUUGCUUUGGUGCUGAUGUUGUCCAGAUUCGACUUCUCUUCAACAAUACCGCGAAAGCUUAGCUUUGAACCGGUUGCUGCUACACUAGCACCGAAAGGUGGUCUUCCAAUGAGGAUCGUUAAACGGAAACGACAAUAAAAGCAUUAACUGUGAUAUAAAGCUUAAUAAAGCUGCGAUCAAAGAUCGUAUACUAGGAUAAGAAUUAUGGUAAAAUAAAUGCGUUAUAUGAAUGGUUA